GGCCUUCUCAGGCAGCUCGGCGUGGAGAUCAGCACGGCACGCUCUCUUGUGCCUCUCCUCCCUGUUCCCAACUGUUACAAACAGUGAAUAUUUAUUCGGUCUAUCACUGGGGACAGUAGAAAGGACACCAGCUUGGAAUAAGUUAGGACCUGCGUCUACUGAACAGCUGAAUCCUUGGGAAACUCUUUUAGUGUGGCAUGGCAGAAAGAAAAAUGUGUAUGCGCACACAGACACCUGCUGACGGAGACACACAAAAAGAAAACAAUAUUCGUUGUUUAACUACGUCUGGACAUUUUGGUUUUGAAUGUUUGCCCAACCAGUUGGUGACCAGAUCUAUCCGACAGGGAUUCACUUUUAAUAUUCUCUGUGUGGGGGAGACUGGAAUUGGAAAAUCAACACUGAUUGACACGUUGUUUAAUACCAACUUGAAAGAUAACAAAUCCUCACAUUUUUACUCCAGUGUGGGGCUUCGAAUACAGACAUAUGAACUUCAGGAAAGCAGUGUUCAGCUGAAACUGACCGUUGUGGAAACGGUGGGCUAUGGUGAUCAAAUGAACAAGGAAGCCAGCCACCAACCAAUAGUCGACUACAUAGACGCCCAGUUUGAGGCCUAUCUUCACGAAGAGCUGAAGAUUCAGCGCUCCUUGUCUGAGUACCACGAUUCUCGUGUCCACGUGUGUCUGUACUUCAUUUCACCCACGGGACAUUCCCUGAAGUCUCUUGAUCUGCUAACAAUGAAGAACCUUGACAGUAAGGUGAACAUUAUACCACUGAUUGCCAAGGCAGACACAGUUUCUAAAAAUGAUAUACAGAUGUUUAAGAGGAAGAUAAUGAGCGAACUGAUUAGCAACGGGAUCCGCAUAUAUCAGUUCCCAACAGAUGAUGAAACCACCGCUCAAACGAACUCCUCCGUGAACGGACUAUUACCCUUUGCUGUGGUUGGCAGUACAGAUGUAGUGAAAGUUGGAAAAAGGAUGGUCAGAGGCCGUCACUAUCCUUGGGGAGUUUUGCAAGUGGAAAACGAAAAUCACUGUGACUUCAUUAAGCUCCGAGAUAUGCUUCUUUGUACCAAUAUGGAAAACCUAAAAGAAAAAACCCACACUCAGCACUAUGAAUGUUAUAGGUACCAAAAACUGCAGAAAAUGGGCUUUACAGAUGUGGGCCCAGACAACCAGCCAGUUAGUUUUCAAGAAAUCUUUCAAGCCAAAAGACAGGAGUUCUAUGAUCAAUGUCAGAGGGAAGAAGAAGAGCUGAAACAGAAAUUUGUGCAGCAAGUCAAGGAGAAAGAAGCAACAUUUAAAGCAGCUGAAAAAGAGCUGCAGGACAAGCUGGAGCACCUUAAAGUGAUUCAACAGGAGGAGAUAAAGAAGCUCGAAGGAGAGAAAAAACAGCUGGAGGGAGAAAUAAUCGACUUUUAUAAAGUGAAAGCUGCCUCUGAAGCACUGCAGACUCAGCUGAGCGCCAGUGCGAAGAAAGACAAAGAUCGCAAGAAGUGAUCAUUUCUCUUACUGUGGUUUGAGAGCCCUGUCCUUCUAUGGCCCAUCUUCCUGUGACGUUGCCUUGGGAGCAUUGAACUCUCACUGCAGUUCUCAUUUUAAAAAUUGGUUUGCUUAUUGUAUAUUUUUCCCAACUAAAGUGUGAGCUCCUAGCUGAGUACAGUGACUCACGCUUAUGAUCCCAGUACUUUGGGAGGCCAAGGUGGGCAGAUCACCUGAGGUCAGGAGUUCGAGAAUAGCCCGGCCAACUUGGCGAAACCCCAUCUCUACCAAAAAUAUAAAAAUUAGCUCGGCGUGGUGGUGCACACCUGUAGUCCCAGCUACUUGGGAAGCCGAGGCAGGAGGGUGGCUUGUACCCAGGAGGCGGAAGUUGCAGUGAGCAGAGAUUGCGCCACUGCACUCCAGCCUGGGUGACAGAGCGCUAUGAGCCACCACACCUGGGAUGAGCCACCGUGCCCAGCUGACAAUGACUUUUAUACAUACUGUUAAAUCAUCUUACAGAUUUUAUAAUUGGGAAGAAGAAAAAGUUUACGAAAUGAUCUUUUAAUAGAAACUUUACAAGAACCAGAAUCUUUGCUUUGCUCAUGUAUGUAUCCAUUCCUAGGCCUAGAACCAGGGCUGUCACUAGCAGCAAGUAUUUGUUGAAUAAAUGGGCCCAGUGACAGUAUGUGAGCUAUGCUAUGUGCAUAAAUCAAAAAUGUAGAUUAGUGACUUUCAGAAGAUAAUUAAUGUAACUUCUUACUGCGUUGGAACAUGUUGAGUUAUAUUGCUGAGGAACUCCUAUCUUCUCAUUUUUUCAUCCCAAUCGAAUGUUAUUAAAAUUGAAAUCAGCAAUAUUAUUCCGUAUCUAAAAAUACUAUUUGUAAACAUUAUGACUUGGCUGCAUUUAGAAUAGACUUUUUGGGUAACAAUGGUGUAAUCCAUGGGGAUUUUUAGGGCACAGAAGAAUUCAUGCAAAAUUUCGUUUUCUGUUUUCGCAAAGCUAUGAAACAUAUUAUAUGAUAGUAUAUGGCACAUUUUAACUGUUUUCAGAAUUUUUUUUAAAAAAUUAAUGUUUGUUUCCCAUAUAACUUUGAAAUUUAUAAAUAAAUAGUUGCUUGUCUCUUUCAGCUCCAGUUUUAUGUGAAAUAAGAGUUUCCAGAUUUUUGUAACAUGCAAAGUUUUAAUAAGUCAGAAUUCCUGAUUUUUGCCAGUCAUUUUCUCAAUAAUUUACUUCUUUUAUCUCUUGUUGAUUUCUCUGGAGUGACAUGUUUUGUUUCUAUUCUCAUUUCCUUUUGUGUAUAUUCGAGGUAUCUUUAGGUUUUGGUGACUAUGAGAAUUACGUAUAACAUCCUAGAGUUAUGAUAUUCUAAUCUGAACUUAUUUCAACUUGACUUAAAUCACAUACCGAAAUUCUGCAGCUCUAUAGCUCUACCCUUUUUCUUCUGGCCUUUUUGUCACCCUUCAGAGUGCUCUACUCUUUUUAUGUCGUUGAUGUAACAAAUUAUAUCUUUAUUCAUUGCAUACCACCUGACAGAGUUAUAAUUACAUUUUAUGCCUUUGUCUUUGAAAUCCUGAGGAAAAUAAAAAGCAGAGUUACUAACCGUAA